GAGCACCAGCUGCAGCCCAGCCUCCGUCUCGCACGGACAACACGAGUGUAGCCACAGGGCAACAAAGAGGCACACGAUUCUCCCCACUGCCUUUACCAACCCCAAACCAUUGAAACCGAAGUGCUGCAUGCUGCAACUGGAAUUAUCUCUGAGAAAGAAGACCAUAGCGCAUUGAGACUAUCAAAACGUUAUUUCAGCGCUAAAGCGAAAUGGAGUUGGAACAUUUUGACGAACGGGACAAAGCGCAGAGGUACAACCGUGGGGGCUCUAGAGCGAACGGCCUGCCCAGUCCUACGCACAGCGCACAUUGUAGUCUGUACCGUACCCGCACCCUCCAAGCGCUGAGUUCAGAGAAGAAAGCUAAGAAGGUCCGCUUCUACCGCAACGGGGACCGGUACUUCAAGGGGAUUGUGUAUGCCAUAUCCCAGGACCGCUUCAGGUCUUUCGAAGCCCUGCUAGCUGACCUUACACGCUCUUUAUCCGACAAUGUGAACUUGCCCCAGGGGGUCCGCACGAUAUACUCCAUUGAUGGGAUAGAGAAGAUCACCAGUAUGGAUCAGCUAGAGGAGGGUGAGAGCUACGUGUGUGGCUCUAUAGAGCCUUACAAGACGCUGGAGUACAUGAAGAAUGUAAAUCCCAACUGGUCGGUCAACGUCAAGACAGCCACGGCUGCCCGUGCGCCCACCUCGCUGGCCAGCGCCAAGGCCAGCUCCACAGAGAGCAGGGAGUCGCGCGACUUCAUCCGGCCCAAGCUGGUGACCAUCAUCCGCAGCGGCGUGAAGCCGCGCAAGGCCGUGCGCAUCCUGCUCAACAAGAAGACGGCGCACUCGUUCGAGCAGGUGCUCACGGACAUCACGGAGGCGGUCAAGCUGGACUCGGGCGUCGUGAAGCGGCUCUACACUGUGGAUGGGAAAAUGUUGACGUGCCUUCAAGAUUUCUUUGGCGAUGAUGACAUCUUCAUUGCAUGUGGGCCUGAGAAGUUCCGCUACCAGGAUGACUUCCUGCUGGAUGAGAGUGAGUGCCGUGUGGUGAAGUCCACAUCCUAUGGGCGCAUCUCCUCCAUGCAGGGUCGCUGCUCGCCCCGGAGCGGUGGGCCAUCACGUAGGAGCAAGUCCCCCGCUUCCACAGGCUCAGCCAAUGGCACAGCGGGUAGUCAGCUGUCCACUCCGCGGUCAGGAAAGUCUCCUAGUCCUUCCCCUACCAGUCCCGCCAGCCUCAGAAGACGCCGGGGAUCCCAACACAGUGGCUCAUCUCUCUCACUGGCCUCCACCAAGGUGUGCAGCUCCAUGGAUGAUGGGGAUGGACCUGGCAGUGAAGCUGAGCUUGUAGAGGAGUACCCCCAGGUCCCCGCCACCAUUGCUGAGAGGUACAAAGUGGGCCGGACACUAGGGGAUGGGAACUUUGCAGUGGUGCGUGAGUGUGUGGAGAGGUCCACGGGGAGAGAGUACGCCCUGAAGAUCAUCAACAAGAGCAAGUGCAGAGGGAAGGAACACAUGAUCCAGAAUGAGGUGGCCAUCCUGAGACGAGUGAAGCACCCCAACAUUGUUCUCCUCAUCGAGGAGAUGGACACCUACAGCGAGCUGUACCUCGUCAUGGAGUUGGUCAAGGGUGGAGAUCUUUUUGAUGCCAUCACAUCUUCCAACAAGUACACCGAGAGAGAUGCCAGUGGCAUGUUGUACAACCUGGUCAGUGCCAUCAAAUACCUGCACAGCCUCAACAUUGUGCACCGAGAUAUCAAGCCAGAGAACCUGCUGGUAUAUGAGCACCAAGACAGUAGCAAGUCCCUGAAGCUGGGAGACUUUGGUCUGGCUACAAUUGUGGACGGACCUCUCUACACUGUGUGUGGGACUCCCACAUAUGUAGCACCAGAGAUCAUCGCUGAGACUGGCUAUGGUCUAAAAGUAGACAUCUGGGCGGCCGGCGUCAUCACCUACAUUCUCCUGUGUGGAUUUCCUCCUUUCCGAGGAAGUGCAGAUGACCAGGAAGCUCUCUUUGACCAGAUUCUUAUGGGCCAGCUAGACUUCCCUCUACCCUACUGGGACAAUGUCUCAGACACAGCCAAGGAGUUGAUUGUCGGCAUGCUUCAAGUGGAAGUGGAGAAGCGGUAUUCAGCUCUACAGGUGCUUGACCAUCCCUGGGUCAACGAUGAUGGCUUGUCAGAGAAUGAGCACCAGUUGUCAGUGGCUGGCAAGAUCAAGAAACACUUCAACACCGGCCCCAAGCCCGACAUCACCACAGCUGGCGUGUCUGUUAUAACAACCACCGCUCUUGAUAAGGAGGGGCAGGUUUUCCGACGAAGACGCCACCAGGAUGUGAAGUCCCCUGCACUGUCGGUCCCCCAGCCCCGGGCCCCCCAGCCCCGCCUUUCCCCUGCCCGCGUCCCCGCCAGCCUCUCCCCAGCUGAGUUCACCUCCGAAUCCGAGGACUACUCCCCCAGCUCCGCCGAGACCGUCCGGUCACCGACCUCGCCCUUCUAACACCCCCACCUCUCCCAGAUGACCCGCUGACAGGGCAGCCCUCCCCUUCCCCAACCUCCGACCCAAACUCCCCUUAUCAGUCAACAGAUAUGGAGGGAUGAUGUGGGGGAGGAGAAGGAGUGGUAGAAGAAGCAGUGUGUGGUUGAAAUGACAAUGGUGCAAUUCCCUAAACAACACAUUGAUGCUGCAUGUUCACCGGGGAGGCAUACAGUAACCUAGCGUGGUGUCUCGAUAGUGUUUAAUAUUCAUUGGUCAUUGGAUCACAAAGCACUAUUUGUUCUAGAUUGGUGACGGUUGAGUUGGCACUGUUAUGGAGCCCCGCAGAGAGUCAGUGCAAAAUCUGGAUCACUUUCGAACCAUCCCAUUUCCCGCAUUUUUUUAUUAAGGUUACUUCUUCCAACACACACACACACACACACACACACACACACACACACACACACACACACACACACACACACACACCCCCCCACACACACACAUACAACACCCACACAUACAAACACGUUAAGCCUUAUUUCUUGUGAAUGAGUUCUGUCCUGUUUCUUUGGACACUGAGGCCCUCUAGUGGUAAUGUGAAAGACCUGCAGUAAAUUUGCACGAGUCACUGGGACAAAUCUGUAAGCGUCUACAACGCCGGCCAUUUGGUGGUGUUGCAAGAUGGCACACUGACUGAUCAGCUUCUUCCAUAUAAGUGACAAAACCUCACAUGCCCAGAAGAUGGGCUUUUUAUGUAAUAUUUUGUAUUGAAGUUCAUACAUUUGAAAUUUUUUUAUUAACAUUUAUUUUAACUUAUUUGCUUUACUUUCAGUUUGAGCUAUUUUUGAAGUAAAAGAAGAAACAAAAGAACAAUUACAUAUGUCCAUGUCAAUUUAAUUUCACAAAAUCACUGUCUAGUGGCCUCUGAGAUGUUCUAUACCAAUAUGUGACACCUGAAAUGUACUGUAUAAUAUUUUGGUGGACAUGUGGCAGUAGAACCAGUACUGCAUAGGGUGGAGCAUAUGUUUUUUAUAUUAUUUUUAUGUUGGUGCUGACAUUUAAAAAAAAAAAAAGUUGACAAAGUAAAUUGUUUGAGAAUAAUAGGAAAUGCUGCUAUGUCCAGAUGUUGCAAACGCAUUUGUAAAUGUUUCAGACCAGUACAUGACUAUUGUAUGGGUGUCUUGGACACACCUGUUAUAGUGAAGUAUACUAGCUUCUUGUAGACCUUAUUAGAGCUUUGUUGGCCUUUUGGUUCAGACUCUUCUAUCUGAAGGCAGUAAAGGAAAAAGGAAACGGAUGUAUAAGAGAAUAUAGGGUCAUAGGGUUACGUACAGAUCAAGUGCAGUUUCUCAUGUCAUGUAAGAAAUAUGCCGAGAUUUCAACACAGCACAAAACAGACAUUUAACAUUUUAAUCAUAACCCUUAUGUAACCGUCCAUGGUUUGUGAUUGUAAAAAUAGAAAAUAAUAAAUCAUGUAUUUCUUA